AUGAACGUAUGUGAUACAGUAACGUUGUCCCCACUUUAUCCCACCCCCCUUAUUUCACCUUCACUCACCACCCUUCCACCCACCCCUCUCAACCUCACCACUACCCAUCCACCGCCCUCUCAACCCACCACCUCCUUCCUCACCACUUCCCAUCAUCCACCGCCCUCUCGGCCUCACCACUACUCCAUCCACCGCCCUCUCGACAUCACUCACCACUACCCAUCCACGCCCUCUCUCGACAUCACCACUACCCAUCCACCGCCCUCUCAACCUCACCACUACCCAUCCACCGCCCUCUCUCAACCUCACCCACCACUACCCAUCCACCGCCCUCUCAACCUCACCACUACCCAUCCACCGCCCUCUCUACCUCACCACUACCCAUCCACCGCCCUCUCGACCUCACCACUACCCAUCCACCGCCCUCUCGACAUCACCACUACCCAUCCACCGCCCUCCGACAUCACCACUGCCAUCCACCGCCCUCUCGACCUCACCACUACCCGUCCACCGCCCCUCGACCUCACCACUACCCAUCCACCGCCCUCUCGACCUCACCACUACCCAUCCACCGCCCUCUCAACCUCACCACUACCCAUCCACCGCCCUCUCGACCUCACCACUACCCAUCUAUCGCCCUCUCGACCUCACCACUACCCAUCCACCGCCCUCUCAACCUCACCACUACCCACCCACCGCCUCUCUCAACCUCACCACUACCCAUCCACCGCCCUCUCAACCUCACCACUACCCAUCCACCGCCCUCUCGACAUCACCACUACCCAUCCACCGCCCUCUCGACCUCACCACUACCCAUCCAUCGCCCUCUCGACCUCACCACUACCCAUCUAUCGCCCUCUCAACCUCACCACUACCCAUCCACCGCCCUCUCGACCUCACCACUACCCACCCACCGCUCUCUCAACCUCACCACUACCUAUCCACCGCCCUCUCGACCUCACCACUACCCAUUCACCGCCCUCUCGACAUCACCACUACCCAUCCACCGCCCUCUCGACCUCACCACUACCCAUCCAUCGCCCUCUCGACCUCACCACUACCCAUCCACAGCCCUCUCAACCUCACCACUACCCAUCCACCGCCCUCUCAACCUCACCACUACCCAUCCACCGCCCUCUCGACCUCACCACUACCCAUCCAUCGCCCUCUCGACCUCACCACUACCCAUCCACCGCCCUCUCAACCUCAUCCAUCAGCUAUCCACUCACUCCCUCUCAACCUCACCACUACCCAUCCAGCCACUCUCAACUUGACCAAUCCACCCCCACCCCCACUCAACCUCAUCCACCAUCCCUCCACCCACCCCCCUCUCAACUUCACCACCCUCCACCCACCCCUCUCAAGUUCACCACCACCCACCUUCCGCCCUGUUUCGGGGCGCACCAGACGGAUCCUUACAGCAUUUGCACCAGGUGGGAAGAUGUUUUGGAUUAG